UUUUGUUCCUAAUCAAUAAAACUGUUAAUUAAAAAUGCUCUUUCGUUCGAUUCAGAAGGCGGCCACGGCACCUGCGCUUCGGGUAGCACAGCCAGCCGUGCGCGCUGCAGAGCUCGAGGCACAGCGCGCAGCCGAGGCUGAAGCUGCUCGCCGCGCACAGGAGCAGUUACGUAAGCUUAAGGACACGCAUUUUCUCAACUCCUUGGUGAGCCCCGGCCGGCUAUUUGAAUCGACUCAGAUCUCGCAGCAGGACGCGGCUAUCAGCAGCUCAAAGGCCUUCCAGGGAAAAUCAGCAACUUCGGCCUCAUUGUCCUCGCAGAAGCAGAGCUUUGAUGCUGGUCUUAAGCGCCAGGCAAACUCGGGGCGCUUUGCGUGUAAUGUCAAGCCCGCUGAGGUCAAGCUGAUCACGGACAUUGUGCCAAAGGCUGUUGUUGGCGCCGAUACUGGGUACAGCCUGAAUGUCAUGCCCGAGGUGGCCAUUAAGAACGCGCAUGUCCAGGCGGACAUUGUGCGUCGCAUUGUUGCACUGGAGAACGCUAACUCGCAGGCCGUCGUGCACUACAACAUUGAUCGCGCGCUCACAGCUUUUGGGCGCUCCGAGGGCGACUCUGCUGCCGUGUGGACGGUGCGCAUCAACAACCUUGAGGACCACCUGCGCAUCAACCGCAAGGACCACCAGAACCGCCGCUCCUACACGAAGCUGCUGCACAAGCGCGCAAAGAUGCUCAAGUACUUGAAGCGCGAGUCGCUGGAGCGCUACUAUCUGUGUCUCAAGCAGCUCGGUCUGACCAAGGAGAUGGUUGAGGGCGAGAUCUUGGCGCCGAAGCGCAUCGAGUAAAAAAGGGGAACCGUUGCUUUGAGUGUUGAGACUGUGGAUCGUAUAUGCGCAAAAAUUUAAAUAUCAUAUAUUUCAGACGAUUUUCUAACCACACUUCCAUGCAUUCGCUGCAGUGCAAUGUAAAGACGGAAACCACGAUGCACAAGCCGCAAUGUGUGAAAUUAGACUUUAACAAAUCUCCAAACUUCUGGGUAACCUUUGAGAUUGUGUUUACACACUUGCCUUUACACUUCGUUAAAAGGUAGUACAUUAAAACCUUUCGCCAAAGGUCGGAAACAGGUAGCACACAAGUUAGAUACUCGUAAGCAUAUAGCAACAGGUUAAGGAUGGCGAAAAGAGUGCUAUCAGGCAGACGGAAGUGGAAUUGUGAUAUGGCUACGGUGCUGAACUUUCGCAUCAUCUUUAAAGUCCUAUUUACAGGCAAGCGGCCUCCCUUUUUGCGCAAAAAGGCAC